AUGGCAUAUGGCAUUUCAAUUGCUAAAAGUUCCACUGAGGUGGAUGGUAGAGUGCUGCAAGCCCCCAAGCUCAAAGCUGGCAAUGGAGAAGACAUUUUUACACGCAAUGGGAGAUGGAACUUCAACAAUAAGGUCAGCAUGUUUAGAGUGUCUUAUUGUUUGUAUGCUGAUUUGCAUGGUGUCAACACAGACUCAUUUGAAAUUCUGUUCCCCAGAGACUCGGAUGGCGUUGGCGAGAGUCAGUUUAGUCAGAUGCUGAACAUUGAAUUGGAUCAAAUAAUUGAGGCAUGCAAGUUUUUGGAUGAAAAUUGGGAUCCCAAGUUCACAUUGAUUGUUGCCCAGAAGAACCACCAUACAAAAUUUUUCAUUCCUGGAGCACCUGAUAAUGUUCCUCCUGGUACCGUAGUUGACAACAAAGUCUGCCAUCUAAGGAACUAUGACUUCUACAUGUGUUCGCAUGCUGGAAUGAUAGGAAUUACGAGACCUACACAUUAUCAUAUCCUUCAUGAUGAGAUAGGCUUCAACCCUGAUGACCUUCAGGAGCUGGUGCACUCACUUUCUUAUGUGUAA